AUGGACACUAAUUUCGUGGAAUAGUUGACUGCUGUCUGCUCCGCGUAGCGUUUUCCAAUUCUAAUCAGCAAAUAUUUGAACGUUUUGGUGUCGGCGCGAGAGAAAAUCAUUUUCCCGACAGGAACUAAUUGAAUUGUCAGCAUCGUUGAAAUUACCUCCGGGAAAGGUCUCGAGUGGGGUGGAAAAGCAACUGCGAAAUAGCAGACGGAGGAAUCCUUUUGAAGUUAUUCCGUAGCUUAAGAGCAGAAACUUCCGAGCGAGUUCUCAUUGGGCAAAAUGGGAGAACAACCUAUCUUCAGCACUCGAGCUCAUGUCUUCCAGAUUGACCCAAACACAAAGAAGAACUGGGUACCCACCAGCAAGCAUGCAGUUACUGUGUCUUAUUUUUAUGACAGCACAAGAAAUGUGUAUAGGAUAAUCAGUUUAGAUGGCUCAAAGGCAAUAAUAAAUAGCACCAUCACUCCAAACAUGACAUUUACUAAAACAUCUCAAAAGUUUGGCCAAUGGGCUGAUAGCCGGGCAAACACUGUUUAUGGACUGGGAUUCUCCUCUGAGCAUCAUCUGUCGAAAUUUGCAGAGAAGUUUCAGGAAUUUAAAGAAGCUGCUCGACUAGCAAAGGAGAAGUCACAGGAGAAGAUGGAACUUACCAGUACACCUUCACAGGAAUCAGCAGGCGGGGAUCUUCAGUCUCCUUUAACACCAGAAAGUAUCAAUGGGACAGAUGAUGAAAGAACACCUGAUGUGACCCAGAACUCAGAGCCAAGGACUGAACCAACUCAGAAUGCAUUGCCAUUUUCACAUAGUGCUGGGGAUCGAACCCAGGGCCUCUCCCAUGCUAGUUCAGCAAUCAGCAAACACUGGGAAGCUGAAUUGGCUACCCUUAAAGGAAAUAAUGCCAAACUCACCGCAGCCCUGUUGGAGUCCACUGCCAAUGUGAAACAAUGGAAGCAGCAACUUGCUGCCUAUCAAGAGGAAGCAGAACGCCUGCAUAAGCGAGUCACUGAGCUUGAAUGUGUUAGUAGCCAAGCAAAUGCUGUGCAUACCCAUAAGACAGAACUCAACCAAACAAUACAAGAACUGGAAGAGACUUUGAAAGUAAAGGAAGAGGAAAUAGAAAGGUUAAAACAAGAAAUUGAUAAUGCCAGAGAACUCCAAGAACAGAGGGACUCUUUGACUCAGAAACUACAGGAAGUUGAAAUUCGGAACAAAGACCUGGAGGGACAGCUGACUGACUUAGAGCAACGUCUGGAGAAGAGUCAGAAUGAACAAGAAGCUUUUCGCAAUAACCUGAAGACACUCUUAGAAAUUCUGGAUGGAAAAAUAUUUGAACUAACAGAAUUACGAGAUAAUUUAGCCAAGCUACUAGAAUGUAGCUAAGGAAGGUGAAAUUUCAGUGCCAGUUGAUUAAAAGAUACACUGUCUUCAUAGGACUAUUUGGGCUCUGUACCAAGAUUGCACAAAAAUUUUGACUAUCACUCCUCCAGAAGGAGGAGUUUUGAAAAUUGGAAUUGUAUAUUUCAGUAUAAAUUUUAGAAUUCAGCCUGUAGCUAGUUGGGGAAAAAAAAGAGAUGAAAAACUUGAACUACAAAUUACCUCCAUGUAUAUUGGCCAUAGUUAACUAGAAGGUUAUAAAUAGACAUUUAAUGCAGUCUUUUUUUUCCUGAUAUUAGCCAGUGGGAGAAUUAACAAUGUCUGGUUCCCUUCUCCUUUUUCUGUUUAGCACAGUGAAAAUUAUCUGCUUUUUAAAUUAAUUUAUUUAUGAUAUUUACAGCUAUGUUUUGUGCAGAAAUUUAGUAAUGAAAGCCCUAUCUUUUGUUGUAAUCUGAAUAAUUUCUCAGGAUAUUUCUGCGCUGCUGAGAAGCAGGGCCAUUACCAAUUAAUUCUUGCCAGGAGUGAGAGAAAGCUACAUCUUUAAUUGAAAUCACUAUAACUGGGUGUAUAGAGUUCUUCCCUUUUUUGUGCUGGAAGAUUUUUCACUCUGGUGACUACUCUGGUACACACCUGGUAUUCUCUAAUCUUGUCUGAUGUAUAGUUUACUUUUCCAUAUUGAUUCCAUGUAUUUAUGAGAAGAUAUUGUCUCCCAAUUUAUUAUACAUUUUAAAGCCAACUAACAAAGGCAGCUGAGUCCCUCAGAAAUUUUUCUUUUUAAAUUUCUAAUAAAUUUGACACACAGAACUGAAAUACAGCAGUCCGUCCUUGACGGUCUAGUCUAGCAAUGUUAAGUAUAUUUACAGAAAAUAUGCAGUUAUAUUUAUUUAUAUAUUUGGCAAGAAAUCUUUUCUGAAUGAUCAAUGCAUUUCAAUUUAUGAAAACUAAUGGUUAUUGGGGAACUGUUUAUUAUAGAUCAUUUUAUGGUGUAUAGCUAUUUUCAAGGGGAUCCAUUUACAUUUAACAGCCAAUCAGAGGACUGUAUCUAAAUUGUGUGAUUGUGGCAGAUGGAGAUAGAGUGGUGUACUCUGUCUGGGUCUUCACAUCAACCAUAUCUUUGUUGAAACUUCACAAGGCAAUAUUCUGAACUGUUAACUAAGACAUUUCAAAACAGGAAAUACAUUCAACAGGCUCUUCUCGGUGAGCAAGUUUUAAUGUUGUUUUGAUGUAAUUUUAAAAGACUUUUAGCUAACAUGCAUUUCUUUAUAUGAUAUAUUUCUUUUACAAAGCUAUUUUAAAAGUAAGCCAAGUGCUGUCUGGUCUGCUUAUGGAGUAGGACUUGCAUCAGAGUACAUAUAUUCUUGCUGUACAAUGCCUGUGAUGUUGAGGAGGGUUCUUUUUAGUGUAUGCUUGAGUACCUGGCUCCCUGGAGUCAGUGAAUGCACUGAUUUUUUUUGUUUGUUUGUGCCCCAAAUGACUGAAUUGUUAAGUAAAAAAUUAAGCAAAUUAACCAAUUUUUUCAUUCAUAAACAGCUUCUCAACACUAGAUAGUUUUGUUUUAUAUUUAUGUGUAUGUACGUAAAUACAUACAUAUUAAUUUAUAUUAGAGUGAAAAAUAAAUGGUUUGUUUCUAAAGUUAGUUUCUACAGUGAGGUGUCUCUGAAAAGUUUGUAUCAGACACACACUUAAUCAUCAUGUAUUGUAUGUGCUAUGACAUCAUGUCAGUCACCUCCAUCUAUUUUAGGAUAUUUUCCUUUCCUAUUUACUAUAGAGAGAAUAAUUUAGAUACACAUGCUGAGAGCCAAGAUGAUAAAUCAGGUAAUAAAAUGUAUUUGAUGGAUAGAAUUUUGAAAUAGAUAUGAUUUAAUCUAUGAGUUUCUGAAUAGCGAAGAAUACCAGGUUUUAAUUUAAAUAAAAGACUAACACUAGGGAUCAGGGAAUUUAGUUACGAAGAGUUUUAAAAAAAUCUUUAAAAAAAUUAAAAAUGGUGUAAGCUGUUGAAAUGGUAAGCGAAUUAUUUUAAUGAUGUAAUAAAAUAUUUUUAAAUUUUGGCAUAGUGAUCAUUUAAUGGGAAAAUAACUCACCAAAAUGUCUCCACUUGAAUUGUAUUGAUAAUGUGAGACAUAUGUGUAAUUCAAUAUAUACAUAUACCUAUAUGUAUAUACAGAAAAUUAUUUUUAAUAUUUUCCUACUGCUGUGAAAUUUAAAAUUGGAAAUUUUGUGAGUGUUUUCCGUGUCCAAUAGAGUCUAAUUAUUUCUUUUUUAGAAACUUAACAAUUCCUUGAGGGCUGCACCUUUAAAUUCCCAGAUUGUCACUAGACAUGUACAGUAUAUGGGAUAAGGUGGACACAAGUGCACAUAUAAAUAAAACCUUCUUAUUGAGACUAUUUUAAACAUUCAUUUACAGUAGGAGAGUAUCUAGAAAUCAUCUAUAAGUCAUAAUUAGGUUGUGUGCCUACUGUAGUUUUUUCCAUUUCUGUAUUAUAUAAAUAAACAUUUGCAUAUUAAAAUUUGAUUUUUCCCAGAGAUAAAUAUUACAUAAUGUAUCUAUAUUUAGAUCAAACUGUGGUAAUAUAUUGAUCAGAACAUAAUGUUGGGGACUGUAGCCUGAACAUGUGGACUUACAGUGACACGGAGGCGGAGAGCAGAGAUCAAUCCCAGUGUGUGUAAGUUAUUAUAACUAUGAAUUCUUGUACAAAAGCAAAAAUUGGAAAAAAAAUACAGUUUUUAUUUUGAAAUACA